AGAGAUGAAUUUUUUUCAAAGAAAAAUUUAAUAAAAAUCAUCAAAUUUUAUUUUUCUAUUUUGACCAUGAAUGGCCCAUCAUUGCAAAAUAGGAUGGCAAUAAACAUUCGAUUUUUUUCGAUUCAAAUUUGUUGAAAUUAGUCAUUUUUUGAAAUUAAAAAAUUUUGAUUGAUUCAAACAUAUUUGAUUAUUUUAAUUUACGAACCUUGUGUGUAUUCGUAAAUCAAAUGGACGCAAAUGCAAUCGGACAAACGGUCUAUUCCAAACAAUGGCUCAUUCAAGGUCUAAUGAAAAUGAUCAAGUUUGUACAGAAUGAAUCGAAUACGACCAGCAACCACAAUAAUGAUGAUGGUGAUAAUGAUGAGCCAUCAUCGAUGACCAUGAGUGAUAAUGUUACAUUGAUUGAUGUUGAAGAUCAAUUAUGUCUAAUAUGGGAUAUAUCAUCUGAAACGGAUGUACAACAAUGUCUUUAUGAAUUGAAUGCUGAUGAAAUUUUCAUCGAUACAGUGAUGCGGACAGAAAAUCGACGAUUAGCCGAAAUAUCCAUUGGUAUCCUUGGUAAUCUUAGUCAUAAUGAUCGAAUAAGUGAACGAAUCGCAACGAAUGAAUCAUUCUGUUCGUUUGCGUUAUCCAUGUUUACAGCUGCAGAUAUACCAUUCCUGAUACAAUUGAUUCGUUUUCUUCAUAUAAACGUACAUAAAAAACCAGAAAAAUGGUUGUCAUUAAUUCAUGAACAAAGAAAAUUUUUCAUCUACCAAAUCGAAUAUCUAAUGGCCAAUUGUUUGAAUGUUGAGUUACUGCGAUUAUUAUUGCAAUAUUUGAACGAUGUAUUAUACCGUGAUGAAGAACUGGCCUCUCAAGUUCUAUUCACUGACGAUGAUGAUUCAAAUUUCAUCACUGCAUUAUGUCAAGCUUGUCAGCAGAUUUUGACAGAAAUCGAUGAUCAGGAUAACGAUGAAGAAGCUAUUGAUACCAAUCGUGAUGUUCAAUUUUUCCAUAAUUUUUGGUUUAUACUUGAAAUGGUUACUCGUGGUAUCAAUAUUGAUGGCCACCACCGAUUACCAGAUUGUGGAAAUAUUAGUGAAUUAUUCAUACGAUUCGCUACUGGACAAUCAUUCAUCGAUUUUGAAUCAUCCAACAGUAUCAAUUCAUUUUCAGCUGCUUGUGCUUGUUUGAUUCGAUUUAUUCAACAAAGUGAUGAUGUAAAAAACCCCAAAAACAUUUCAACCAUAUUUCAACAGACAAUGACUAUUGAUCGAUUAAAAUUGACAUUCAAUAAGUCGUUGGCGCUAUUAUCGGAUCAACAAUUGCCAAUUCAUCAAGAUGAUGAUGGCUUGAUAUUACGAAAUCUUCAUGCUAAUAUUGAUCAUCUUUAUAGAUAUUUAUUUUCAUCAUAACAGCAAUGUUAAUCUGUUACUGUUAUGAAAACAAACAGACGAACAAAAGCAAAAAGAAUGAAUUAUUUACGUUGAAAAUCAAUACGUCAAAUAUUUGGCCAAUUAAAUUUUUUGCAAAUAUUGGCCCAAUAUUUAUAAAUAUUGACUCUUGUUUUUUGCAACCAAGUUUCAUCGUUACGUAAACAAUUUUUUACGGUUCAACUUGUAAUUGAUGAAUUCUUUGAACUUAGAAUCAAAGAAAAUCUUUUAAUUUAUAAUUUGUUGAAAAAAUUUGAAUUUCUCAACAAUCGACUCAACAACUAAAUCCUCAUAUACUAUGAUCACGUAUUGUAUGUAUGGAUUUUUCUACUACGUCAUAUUCCCAAUAACAACAAUAUUCAUAAAACUAAUUGCCAUUGUGUGUGUGUUGUUGUUGUUCGUGCAUAAUGUUAAUAAUGAUGAUCUUGUCGACAAACAUAACAGGAUGGUGAAUCUUACAGGACGAUGCUAGAUGCAUAUUUCUUCAUCGAAUAUAUGAUGGCCAUGUACAAAACAACACACACACACACACAACAUGGUCGUCCUCAUCAACCAAAAUUAUUCAAGCUGUCAAUAAUGAUAAGAAAAAAAAUUAAUCAAUUCAUUCAUUUUCACAUCAUUGUCGUUUUUUUUUGUUUCGACCAUUGUGAAUUACAUAAUCAUCAUUAUAAUAUGGAUGCUCUAUUGAUAUAGAGACGAGGCAGAGAAAAAUUUUUCUGAUAAAUUCAUAAUAGUAUCGAUUAUCGAUACCCUUCUCAACUAUAGUCUGAUUUCAACAAUUUCAUUUUUUUUCCUCAUUGAUUCUAAAAACAAUCUGUUGUAAAUUGAAGCAAUUGAUAAUCGAUUAUGGCCAUUGUUCAACAAUGAAAAAAAGAAGA